AUGGAAAAUGAGGUGGAUCAUGUUCCUACAGUCGACACGCUCGAGGACAAGGUGAAGGGUCUUCAGAGUAACUCGACCAACGCUCAAAUAGAAGUACUCCGAGGCCUACUGGCGCAACUCGAGGAUGACACUAAAGAGACUAGCACCUCACCCGAGAGCGCUGCUUUCUUCCCUUGUCUGCUGAACACAUACCCCCGUCAGCUCGAUCGUAGACCACGAAAACUUAUCCAGUCAUGCCUGAGGAUAUAUUUGAGAACUGAUACAUCCGGCAAAGUCAGCACGUUUUUGGCAGCAUUCCUGCUGAAGGAGAGUCAGAAGACUGUCGUGGCAGCCAGCAAUGCCUUCGUCCUGCUCGAGUGGUGUACCGUGGUAGAGGAAGAGCAAGCUAAACUAGCCAGUAUAAAUGAGCCACUUCUCAGACAAGUAUGUGCAGCACAAGCCUUGCUACUAGACAAGUGCCUAGCGCAGGAAGCAAAAGAGGGAUUGUCACACACUGCACUUGUCCUCUGCAGGCGUGGCCUGCGGAAAUUGUUCCAGUCUCAACAUUACGAGCCUGUGUUGAGUCUUGUGGUCAAAGAACUUACAUCUGGUCCUACUGCCGGCCCUGCAAAUGCCGCCCUUCUUGGCGUUGUAUCAGGCGUUAGUGUACGUUUACCCAAUGUCAAACCCUCGUUCGAGUCGCACAUAAGCGAAAUUCUUGACUUCUAUAUCAAGGUUAUCCUUGGUGCAAAGACGACCUUGCCGAAGCAGCAGGCCAAUGGGCUCAACGAGUUCUUCAGCAGAUUUCUAUCGAAAGAUGCCGUAUAUUCGACUAUCAUCCCGACGAUCGAGAAGGGGAUCUUACGAUCUCCGGAGAACGUGCUACAGGGUCCAAUUCCGUCGCUAGCAAAGUCCUUACCUGAAGAGAUUGAUCUGUCCCAGGCCCUUUCUAGCAAGCUUUUAAAACCUUUACUCUCCUCCCUAGGAUCAACAAAUGCCUCGAUCAGAGAGGGGGCCGCUCAUAGCUUGUCCGCGUUACUGGUCAGGAAGCAAGAUGGGUCUGAGCUGGAAAAAGUCAUCAAUGACCUGCUUGCAAACCUCAAAUCUUCAAAGACGGCAAGCUUCGAAUUACGAGCUAUAGUUUGCGACUGUUUACGAGAAGUCGCUCCGUCAGAGAAAGUUUCUGCCAACAUUGUUUUGAGUGCAGUGCCUGUGGCUGCAAAAGAAGCGAAUGAAGGUGCUCUUCGCAGAGAAAUAGCUACGAUUGCAGCUCAUUCAACCUUCCUGUUGGCUAAUGAGACGUGGACAAAGGAGAUGACAGACUUGAUAGUAAAGGGAUGUACUGAUAAACGUGCAUCGUUCAAGAAAAUAUGGCUUACCGGUACAGCUGCAGCUCUCCUUCCUUUGUCGACGGUUCCUGUUUCCGGUCCAGUUAAGGACUUUGUUAUGGCUCUUCUAGGUCAUGCUGCAGAGGCAUACGUUGAGAUCGCCGCAAAGCCACUUCCAGCUGCUCAGGCUGGUAACGUAUCGACGGCGUUCGUUGUCCCUGCACUUGCCCAACACAAGGCUUUGGCAACUCUCCUGCAAGAUACUAAAGCGAAACUCUCACCAAAUGCUAUAGGCUUGUCUCUGAUCCAGCCGACUUCUUUCUUACUCAAUCCUCAAGUCUAUUCGAAGGUGACAACUGCCGAAGACCAGAUUUGGGCUCUCAAGGCUCUCCUGGCCAUUGAUGCAUACCUUGAGAAUGCAUCUGACGAAGGCAAAUCAGCAUGGGGUCGAGCACUGCUGCAUUUACUGCUUGCGCCGGAAAGCGAUCCUCAAACCCGCAAAUCUACAGGAGAAGAGCUUGCCAGAAGGUAUUUAGCAAACACUUCGGCUGUUGGCUCAAGUAUAGUUCUGGGUAUCUGGAGCUAUCUUCGCGAGGAAUAUUCAGGACAGGUCAAAAAACCAAAGUCAGAAAAUGCAGCACCUCACAUGCCUCUGAAGCGAGCAGUCACAAUCAUAAGUCCUUCGAAGGCUAUCUGGGAGAAGAGUCAAUUAAGUGUGCCUCAAUCAAUUUUAGACAAGCAAGCAACUACAACUGUUGUGCUCUAUGGUGAAGAUUUGAUACCCGGCGUUGAGUGGGUUUCAAACCUGCUAUCUAUGGGUAUCGAUCCAGGCACACUAGCUGCAUCGAGGACUUCCGAGCUGAUGCACGAAAUCCUUAGCAUGUUUGAGCCAGGAAAGAUGGAUGUGCUAUCGUCAUUCGAACGAGCUGCCUGCAGAGCUGCAUCCACAUUGAUGUUCGUGGCACCUGAUCACAUCAGCCCUGUAUUAGUCGACCAGAUACGGCGCGACCUUAAUGCUACUCAACUCGAUGGUCUGGGUGUCACAGACGCUGCCAUUGCUCGGGCCCCAGAUGGAGUCAUGGUGGUAGACCCAUUAGCAAAAAUCAACGGACAUGUCGAGAACAAGAAUGUGAAGGACUACGAUACUCUGAAAUGGGAAGAGGAGCUCCGGUCGCAACUUGCAAAGAAAAAGGGAGCUGCACAAAAGAAACUUACUCCUGAUCAGCAGGCGAAGGUUGAUGCGCAGCUGGCUCGUGAAACCCAGAUACGCAAGCGUGUCAAAAACUUGUCAGCUCAGCUGCGAAGAGGCGCAGGCUUUAUCCAUGCUUUGGCUGUUGGUCCUCCCACUGAAGCACGAUUAUGGAUGUCUCCAGCUAUCGCAUGCUUGGUCGAGGUCUUUGAAGCUGGUGGCUCAUUUUUUGUUGACGACGAGCUCAUCGCAGCCUAUCUUGCUUGCUCAAAUUAUGUUACAGAUCGACUUGGAGCCUUGCGACCUUUUGUCGGUGUUGUCACACUACGAGCAAUUGGGACUAUCAAUUUGAUGCCCGAGCUAGAGGUUGAACCGCUGGAAGAGCUUGCUACAAGAGUGCUUUAUCGACUACGAUUUGCUUCCGAACAGCGACCAUUCGAUACUGCAUCCUUAGCAUAUUCAAUCCCGCUCAUCUUCUCCGUCCUCGAUAAUGGCAGAAUUGGCAGGCCUGCCUCUAGAGAGGAUGCUGAUGCGCAAGUAUUGCUUGCUCUAGAAUUCUUGUCCUUUCAGAUGAGUGCCUGCAGCGAUGAGCAUCUGCCGCGAGCUGCUGUCCUUCAUCGUCUGUUUACUUCUAUGCAGAGAUAUCCUCAACACUACCGGCUCAUUAAGGACUGCGCGAUGGAAUUUGCGUCCGCUGUGGCUGCCAAUAUCACAGAUGAGGAGCGAGACGAGCUCCUACAAUCAACCACUUCCGCUGAUACAUCAGUUCGGUCUGCAGCACUCCAAGCUAUCAACGAAUUCCUUGAUUUAUCUGACAUGAAGUACUCGGUGUACAUUUGGAUUGCCUGUCAAGACGACGAGGAGGACAAUGCCGCCACCGCACUCGAAAUCUGGCAAGAGAAUGAGUUCGAGGUGGAAAGACCAAUGAUCGACCUCAUCCCAACAUUUCUAGAGGACAAGGCUCGAAGCACUCGCAACGCAGCUGCUAAAGCUCUGGCCCAAGCUUUGCUUGCUCUUCCCGAAAGCACAACAGAUAUGAGGUCACAGCUUCAGACUAAAUACCAACUAGAAGCUCAGCCACUUGCACCAAAAGCCGACAGAUUUGGUAUUGUGCAACGGGGUGAUUUGAUUGACCCGUGGGAAAAGCGAAGUGGUGUCGCACUUGCUUUCAAAGAGCUCGCGAAUGUUCUCGGCCAUGAUGACCUAUUGCCUUUCAUGCAGUUUCUGGUCUCCGACGGGCCCCUAGGCGACCGACAUGCAAAAGUACGCCAAGAAAUGGCUGAUGCUGGCGUGGCCAUUGUCACACAGCGAGGGAAAGACGUACUAGAACCCAUGAUGAGUAUGUUUGAGAAGACUUUGGAAGGAUCAGAAAAUGCGACUCAAGAAUCGGACUAUGUCAACGAAGCAGUCAUCAUCUUCUACGGCUCACUCGCACAACAUCUUCCUGCUGGCGAUCCACGAAUGAAAAAAGUGCUCGAGAAGCUCAUCGAAACUCUAAGCACACCGUCAGAAUCCGUACAAUAUGCUGUUGCAAACUGCUUGCCAUCCCUCGUGCGUGCCGCUGGACCCGAUGCAGAUCCAUACUUUCCUCGACUACUAGAAGAGCUGCUGCAAGGCAAGAAAUAUGCCGCUCGAAGAGGUGCUGCGUAUGGAUUGGCUGGCAUGACAAAAGGACGUGGUAUCUCUGCAUUGCGACAAUUCCGCAUCAUGUCAUCUCUCAAAGGCGCAACUGACGACAAGAAGAAUCCGGACAAGAGACAAGGUGCAUUGAUGGGGUAUGAAUUGUUGUCGGCCAUCCUAGGCAGAGCAUUCGAACCAUAUGUUGUCGAUGUGCUGCCACAGCUACUGAGCAGUUUCGGUGAUCCUGUCGCAUCAGUUCGUGACGCCUGCUUGGAUACUGCAAAAACCUGCUUCUCUAGCCUCAGCUCAUAUGGUGUGGCUAAAGUCUUACCACAGCUACUCGAGGGACUUGACGAGACACAAUGGCGAAGCAAGAAGGGUGCUUGCGAUCUCCUUGGAGCAAUGGCUUAUCUCGACCCUCAACAAUUGGCACAAAGUCUACCAGACAUUAUCCCUCCAUUGACAAGUGUGCUAACAGAUUCACACAAGGAAGUACGAGCGGCGGCAAACAGCAGUCUGAAACGCUUCGGUGAAGUCAUCAGUAAUCCAGAGGUCAAGAGCCUUGUCGAUACACUACUUAAAGCACUAAGCGAUCCUACGAAGCACACCGAAGAUGCGCUCGACGGCCUGAUAAGAGUGUCCUUCAUUCACUACAUCGAUUCACCUUCGCUUGCGUUAAUUGUGCGUAUCUUAGAACGUGGUUUGAACGACAGAUCCUCGACAAAACGCAAAGCUGCCCAGAUCAUCGGUAGUCUUGCUCAUUUGACCGAGAAGCGCGACAUCAUCACUCACCUACCUAUUCUCGUGCAAGGUCUACGUCUUGCCGCUAUAGAUCCGGUUCCAGCCACUCGCGCGACUGCUUCAAAGGCAUUGGGCAGUCUGGUUGAGAAGCUGGGAGAAGAUGCAUUCCCCGACCUGAUUCCAAGUCUUAUGGCUUCACUGCGUACGGAUACUGGUGCUAGUGACAGAAUUGGUUCAGCCCAAGCUUUGUCUGAAGUCCUCGCGGGUCUUGGCACGGCACGUCUCGAAGAGACUCUCCCGACACUCCUGCAGAAUGUGGCCAGUACCAGAGCUGUGGUCAGAGAAGGUUUCAUGACACUUUUCGUCUAUCUACCCGCCUGUUUCGGCAACAGCUUCGCAAACUAUCUCGCUCAAAUCAUUCCAGCAGUGCUUAGUGGGCUUGCAGAUGAUGUUGAAGCAAUCAGAGACACAGCAUUGCAUGCAGGUCGACUACUUGUCAAAAACUUUGCCACGAAAUCGAUCGAUCUGUUACUGCCUGAGUUGCAACGUGGUCUUGCCGAUGAUAGUUAUCGAAUUCGUCUCAGUUCCGUUGAGCUAGUUGGCGAUCUGUUGUUCAACCUUACGGGCCUGUCAGCCAAGGCAGAAGCUGAAGAGGAUGAAGAUCGUACAGCAGCCGCUGGUCAGUCCUUAUUAGAAGUACUCGGCGAAGAUCGCAGGAAUCGGGUAUUGUCUUCGUUGUAUAUCUGCCGCUGCGAUACAUCUGGCCUGGUCAGGACUGCAGCUGUUGCAGUUUGGAAAGCGCUUGUUGCCACUCCACGAACGCUACGUGAGAUUGUGCCAACCCUUACUCAGAUGAUAAUCCAAAGACUGGGUUCCAGUAAUGCAGAGCAGAAGCACAUCGCCGCUAAUGCGCUUGGCGAAGUUAUCAGAAAAUCUGGUGAAAGCAUCUUCAAUUCUCUGUUGCCCACGUUAGAGCAAGGACUCGAGAGCUCAACAAAUGCGGAUAAUCGUCAAGGUAUUUGUAUAGCUCUUCGUGAGAUUGUGACUGCGGCGGCGCCUGACUCGAUCGAGGACAACGAGAAGAAAAUCAUUGGAAUCGUCAGAAUGGCUCUUGUCGAUUCUGCUGACGAAGUUCGGGAAGCAGCUGCUGAAGCAUUUGAUGCUUUGCAGGAUAUCAUCGGCAAGCGUGCAGUCGAUCAGGUACUGCCAUAUCUGCUCAACCUUCUGCGAAAUGAGGAUGAUGCUCAAAAUGCGCUUUCAGCUCUUUUGACCUUGCUGACAGAACAGAUGAGAGCAAACGCAAUCCUACCAAACCUGAUACCUACACUGCUUACUUCACCUAUCUCAGCAUUUAAUGCCAGAGCUAUCGCUUCUCUAGCCAAGGUUGGUGGUGCGGCUAUGAACCGUAGAUUACCUACCAUACUCAAUAAUCUUGCCGACAACAUCAUCACAUGCAAAGACGACGAGCGAAAGGUCGACUUGGAUGCAGCCUUUGAUGCUGUAAUAUGCUCAGUUGACGAGUACGAUGGUCUCAAUACCGCUAUGAGUGUUAUGCUUCAAAUGAUCAAACAUGAUGACCACAAUCGACGAGCAGUUGCAGCUAUACACCUUGGUCAAUUUUUCAGCAAGACUGAUGUCGACUAUUCCCGUUACAACCAAGACCUCAUUCGUGUUCUACUUAUAUCGUUCGACGAUCGCGACAAAGCUGUGGUCUCAGCUGCUUGGUCUGCUCUGAGUGCGUUGCAGAGUCACCUACGAAAGGAAGAAAUGGAAUCGCUUACUGCAUCGACAACAACAGUCAUGAAGCAAGUAGGAACUCCUGGCAGCAAUCUACCUGGGUUCAUGCUGCCCAAAGGCAUACAGCCUGUGCUGGCGAUAUUCCUUCAAGGUUUGAUGAAUGGUACAGCGGAACAGAGACUUCAAGCCGCCAAUGGUAUUUCCGAUAUGAUCGACAAAUCAGCGUCAGAUUCGUUGAAACCAUUCGUGACACAGAUUACUGGACCGCUCAUUCGAGUCGUCGGAGAACGAUCCGUGGACGUCAAGACAGCCAUCAUCCAUGCUCUCAACCAACUUCUGGACAAGAUCCCUGCUUUCUUGCGCCCUUUCCUACCACAGUUGCAACGAACAUUCACGAAAUGUAUUGCAGAUCCUACCAGCGAUGUGCUUCGCAACAGAGCAAUUCGUGCUUUGAGCACACUGAUCACGCUGACUCCAAGAAUCGAUCCUCUUAUCACAGAAUUGACGACCGGUGCAAAAACAAGCGACACUGGAGUACGGAAUGCCAUGCUCAAAGCCUUGCAGGAGGUUGUCAGCAAAGUAGGUGGUAAUAUGAGUGAGCCAUCAAGAGACGCCAUUUUGAGUCUGAUGGACUCACAGGACGCCAACUCUGAUGAGAUGAUGGUGGUCAUGGCUAAAUUGCUUGGUGCCAUGGUUAAAGUGUUGCCUCCUGCCACAGCUGAUUCUAUGGUCAAAAGUCGUGUACUUGUUCAACCAGCAACAUCAGCCUCGAUAUUGGCUGUUAAUGCAGUGCUUGCAGAAAAUCCUAAGGUCGUUACAGGAGCACAUCUCGAUUACACCAAAGAGGCUCUUGUAUCUUCCUUGGCAGAAGGUGCAACCUUCAUUCAACACAAUGCAGUCUUGGCUGUGGGCAAACUUCUCCUCGUCCAUCCAAACGACGAUGACGACACGGUUGUUUCCGAUGUGUCCAUCGCUAGACCAUUGAUCGAGGCACUAGCCAGCAAGAUCAAGCAAGGUAAUGAUAUCGAUACUCGUCGACUUAGCCUGGUCGUUGUCCGCACACUAGCGAGACAUCACAACAGUCACAUUCAGCCUUUCGCCUCGUCUCUACUGCUGCCAAUCUUCCAGUCGCUACGCGAUCCCGUCAUUCCGAUCAAGCUCGCAGCUGAGGCUUGCUUCAUUCAACUCUUUGAUGUUGUUGAGUCGGAAAGCGUAUUGUUCGACAAGUUCAUGAACAGUGAUGAGGCGAAGAAGGAUAUCCCAGCACCAAUAUUGCGCAGCAUUAGCGAGUACAUGAAGCGUGUUGGUCUCAAGCUAGGCAACCAAAAGAGAGAACAGAAAGAGGCAGAAGGUGGUGUAAAAGGAGCUCUCGGUCUUGCAAGUGACGAGGUGGAGGACGAAAGAGAGGUUUGGAGUGUAGGAAGAGUCCAGGUUGAGGGUACCUUUGAUGCGGAUGAUUAG